AUGCUCGCCCUCGCCCUCCUCCUCCUCCCCCUAAUCCGGGCCCUCUGCAUCGACCCCGAAUCAGUCCACGCGGCCUCUCCCCGUCUCGCCCGAAUCACAGCAUCCUCCCAAGCGGACUGUACAGCGACUUGCGGACGGGCUGGCAACCCAUACGCAUACUAUACCCCCGGCAGCUGUUUCUGCGCGAAGCAUACCGUGGAUUCCGGCGAGGCUAUUUCUGCACCAGACUGUGGAGGAUCUUACUCCUUGACGCACACACACAUACCUUCCGACAAGGUCAUGUCAGCCUGUCCCAGUGGCCAGAUGCAGUGUAAUACGACUCCUGGCAAAUGGGCGUGUGUCGAGAUCAACUCUACUGUUUCCUCUUGUGGAGGAUGCGUGACGGGACACUAUGCCAUGCCCGAAUCCACCUCGGGCGAAGACUGCACCACGGCUCCCGGUGUCGUCGCUUCUUCCGCCACAUGCGUCCUGGGUCAAUGCCAAGCCGCAGCGUGUAUCCCCGGCUGGAGCCUGCGUAAUGACGUGUGCAUCUACAACGUCUACGGCAGUGUGUUGCGUGGUACUCUAAAAGAACAAGAAUGGGUCGUGAAGCAUCUCGCCCAAUACGCCCCCGAAGAAGAAGAAGAAGAAGAAGAAAAACAGUUCUUGGAUGAGGCAGAGGUGCGCGCCCUCAUUGCUGAGGUUCAGGCGAAUCGCUCUAAAACGGGCGAACCGCCGCUGCCCGUGCAGGUUAAGGCCGCGGCCAUGUUGGGCAUCGUUCCGACUGUGCCGCAGGUGCCCAAGUUGGCGGAGAGUGCGGAUGAAGAGACGCCUGGGGCGGUUGACGUGGAAGUCAAGGCACUCCGCGUCAUGGACGACACGGUCGACACCGCCGACGAUGACACACUCGCCGUCAAGAAGACUGCGCACAAGACGCCCAGUGUCAUCGGCUUGGAUACGGCCGACGAGGAGACGCCACGCUAG